AUGACACCCAGUCGACGCAGCUCGCCACCGUUGCCUCUGCCGCUGCCGACGCGUGGCCAAUCCCAAACCCAGUCCCAGACCCAGUCCCAGUCCCAUCCACAGUCGCAGUCCCAUUCCCAGUCCCAGUCGCAGUGCAUGAGCGCCCACUUUCUGCACUUGCACUCGCAGCUGCAUCAGAAGCUCUCCGCCAGCUACUUUCGCAACCCGCCCUCGCCUUCGCCAACGGAACGGGAUCGCGACCGAGACAGGGACAGGGAGAGGGAAAGAGAGAGGGAGCGCAACAUCUCCGGCUCCGGCACAUCGCCGCCAGCGACGAGCAUGAGCGCAGCGCACCUGAAUCCGCUGAGCGAUCUGCAGAAUAUGCAGCCCUUUGACUUUCGCAAAAUCAACUCGUCCACGCUGGGCGCCUUCGGGGCGCCGCCCGGCCCCACAGACUUUGUGCACCAUCAGCACCAGCAGGCCGUACAUCUGCAGCAGCAGGCGGUACAGCAGGCGGCGGUGCUGGCGCAGGCACGACGUCGCAUUAAUGAAGCCACCACGCCCGGGGAGAAGAGCGCCGCGCAGCACCAACAGCAGCCGCAGCAGUCCAACAACAAUCAGGUGUCGGCAGCAGAACAUAGUCAUGGCCAUGGGCCGCACUCGCCAAAUCAUGCACAGAUGAACCACAGUCACAGUCACGGUCACGGACACAGUCACAGCCAGUAUCACCAGCACUCGCAUUCGCACCAUCACAAGGUAACGCAGCCCACAUCGCCGGAGGACACGAGCGCCAGCAAGGUGCGUCAUCUGGCCGCCGCCGUUGCUGGCGACAAGUCGAACAGCAGCUGUUCCUCGUCCAGCGCCUCCGGCAUACAGCCGGCAAGCAGUUCACAGCGCAUGACUCGGCUGGCUUUGGCUUCGGGUUCGGGCUCGGGCUCGAAUUUGCGUGCGAGCCGCAAAUCGGGACACUCGCCGGGCAGCAAGCGGCAAUGGGGCUCGAUGCCAGCCAAUUUGGGUACACAGUUCAUCAAUCCGGUGACCGGAAAAAAGCGCGUCCAGUGCAAUGUUUGCCUGAAGACCUUCUGCGACAAGGGAGCGCUCAAGAUCCAUUUCUCGGCGGUGCAUCUGCGCGAGAUGCACAAGUGCACCGUCGAUGGCUGCAGCAUGAUGUUCAGCUCGAGACGUUCACGCAAUCGGCACAGCGCCAAUCCGAAUCCGAAGCUCCAUUCGCCGCAUUUGCGGCGCAAGAUCUCGCCGCACGAUGGACGCAGCGCUCAGCCGCAUCCGCUGCUGCUGCAGGCGCCCAAUGGCAUCAUGGCGGGCCUGGGGCCGUUCGGUAGUUUCCCGUUGUUGACGCCGCCGCCGGAUCUGCGCCAUCAUGCGCUGGGUGGCAUGGAGCUGAAGCAUGGCGCCGGUCAGGAGUAUUUGCAGCGAUCCUAUAUGGACAACAAUGGCAUGCUCGGGCGGUACGAGGGUCAGCGGCGCAAGGCGGCGCUCGAGGCGGGCGAUGACGAUGAUGAUGAUGAUGAGAUACUCGAGGUGGGCAUACACAUGCCGGAUGACGAUGAUGACGACGACGAGGCGGAUGGCGAUGGUGAUGGCGACGAUGAUGAUGACGAUCCCGAUGGUGAUGGCAUUGUGGUUGUAGGCGAUGAGCUGGACAGCAUACCCGACAAGGACAAGCACAGCCACGAUGAUUACAUGCUGGACAACGGCAACGAAAGCGAUGAGCGCUCCACAUCCGCCAUCUCCAGUCACAGUCUCAGUCACAGUCACAAUCACAGUCACAGUCACAGUCACAGUCAUAGCCACAGUCACAGCCAAACCAAAGAGCAACAACAGCCCAGCCCCUGUCCGAGCAAGGCCGAGCCGGAGCCAUGCCCGGAGCCCGAUGAGCAACACGAGGAUUCACAGAGCCUCACGGAUUCAGCGCACGCACUCGGCCAGACGCCGGCCAGCAAGCGAAAGCGCAAAAGCCAAAAUCCUGUGCGCUGCACCGUGCAAUCCGAUGAGAAUUCUUGCGACAAUUCGCUGGAUAACUACGACGUGGCCGCCGACUUGUCCAUUAAGAAGAUCAAGCUCAACGACGAAGCCGAUACGGAGGCAGCGGAUACGGAUGCGCCUCGAAGAGCCCAACUGGGCGCUGCCACAGCCAAAGAAACCGAGGUGUUAACCAGCUCCACUGAGUCCACCAAGGCGAUACCCUCGCCCCCGCUAACGCCCUACACCAGUGAGGCCAAGUCGCUGAUAAAAAUGGAGCUAGAGGAGGAGGAGGAGGAGCAGCAAAAUCAGGAGCAGAGGCAGGAGCGCGAACUGCAGACAAAUGUGCAGCAGCAGCUGCCAACAUCGAGAAAUACAAAUACUCUGCAAGAUGAGGGCGCUGGCACCCUGGAUCUAUCGCUUAGCACGGCCAGUGGCUCAGUUAUCAAGCAGGAGCCGCUGGACGAGCUGGCGCUCACAUAUGGCGCCGAUGCGGACGAGAAUCGUUAUUUGCGCAUCAAGCAGGAGCUGCUUGGCGAGGAUGAGCAUGUCUUUGGACGUGCAGCGGUCGAGGAGAGCAGCACCAACAACAACAACGUUAUUAUAACUGAAAAUAUGUCGGGCAAGGGUGGCGACUCCAAUGGCAGCAUCAAGGCAGAGCCAGAGCGCGAACCCGAGCCGGAGCCAGAACCAGAACCAGAACCGGAACCAGAACCAGAGGUGCCCAUUGACAAGGAGAACCCAUUGAAAUGCACCGCCUGCGGCGACAUCUUUCAGAAUCACUUCCACCUGAAGACCCACUACCAAAGCGUCCAUCUGAAGCUCCACCACAAAUGCAACAUAGACGGUUGCAAUGCGGCGUUUCCAUCGAAGCGCAGCCGCGACCGGCACAGCUCGAACCUCAACUUGCAUCGCAAGCUGCUCUCCACCAGCGAUGAGCACAAUAAUGUGCUGCUGCCACCGGAUCCGCUGCUGGAGCUGAUGAGCAUCAACAAUAACAAGGUAUUUGGCAGUGCUGGUGGCGUCGCUGGCGCUGGCGGCCCUGCUGGCGUGCCCGUUACCGCAGCUGGCGGCAUGCCCAGCAGCAUUCAGGCUGAGCUUCUGGCACGCAUCUGCGCUGGCGCCCAUGGGCUGAGCAUGCCGCUGUGCUUUGAGGCGCUGCAGCAUCGCUUCGCUGCGGGCCAUGGACAUGGUCAGGUGACCGGCGGAUUCGGUGCGGAGGCAAAUGCGAAUGCAAAUGCCUUCAUUGCGGCAACCGAUCCGCGCCUGCUGCUCAACCAUGCCGGCAAUCCACUGCUCUUCCCCGGACUUCACAGACUGCCGCGCUUCCACCACUUGACGCCGCACAUGCUGGCCGGCGCCACUGCGCUGAGCCCCUUCUGCAGGCGAACCUCUUCCGAUUCAAAUUCGCAACACUCGAUAACACCGCCGGUGGGCGCACGUGGAGGUUGCGAUAGCAGCUCGCUAAUGGGUUUGCGACCACGUUCCGGAUCCGGUUCCGGAUCGCCCGAGUACGAUGGCCAGUCGACGCAUACGCAUGCACACACACAUAUGCACAAGCAGACGGCUGGCGAGGAGGCGGGGCAGAGCCAGCGGCAGUCUCCAGAUCGCAUAUCAUGACCAUGUACCUCGUACUAUGCCAAGGCGCUGGCAUUUUAUCACUGAAGGAUCGUCGUGGACAACAAAUUCAUUAAUGCAAUAUCAGGCUAAAACUUAGGACUACUACAGCAUUGCUCAUAAUCAUAAUCGAUAUUAAUCGAUAAAUCGGUCAACGACUUAUCGAUCGGAGGAGAAGAUAUCAGAAAAUUCGCAAUCCAAACUGCAGCUUGGCUCGCCAGCGCUCAUUAUAAACAAUACUUUUACUAGGCUAAUAUAAAAUAUUAGAUGGAUCAACUAGCAUUUUUUU